UGCGCCUCCGUACCAGUGACGCACAGCGGGCGUUCUCAGUGGUAAAGAUGGCGUCGAGGGCACCAGUUGCAACAAGCAGGCUCCUGGUUGGAUUCCGCAAAUGGUAUUAUAACAUGUGUGGCUUCAACAAGCUGGGUUUAAUGCGUGAUGAUACGAUCAUUGAGGAUGUCGAUGUGAAAGAGGCCCUGAGGAGGCUACCAGAGUCCCAGUACAACGACAGGAUUUUCAGGGUCAAGAGAGCCCUGGAUCUCUCCAUGAAGCAGCAGAUCCUCCCUAAAGACCAGUGGACGAAAUAUGAAGCGGAUGAACGUUACCUGACACCCUAUCUGGAUGAGGUGAUCCGUGAGAGGAAUGAAAGGGAGGAGUGGAUGAAGAAAUAGAUGGUUCCUCAUCAAAGCUGUUAAUCGUGCAUGGUUGUCCCCUGGUGGAAAUAUUUAAAAUGAAAUCUAACCUAUAUAAAACAGUGCUCAUUAAAAAAAUUGUACAUUUUAGAA